AUGCAGAUAAAAGAACAUGUCUUUAUUGUCACUGGAGGAGCAAGUGGUUUAGGCGAACAAGUAGUUCGAGCUAUUAUUGACGCAGGUGGAUACGUCUCGAUAUUUGAUAUAAAACAAAAUGGAUCUACCAGCCUAGUUGAUGAAUAUACAAAUCAUGUUUGCUAUUUUCCUGGACUAGUGGAUGUUACAUCUGAGUCUCAAGUUAAAGAGGCCUUGAUCAAAACAAGAAAACAUUUUUCGAAAAACAUUAUUGCUGGCACUAUCAUCUGUAGUGGCAUAUUGAAUGCACCACAUGAAGGCUAUGGCCCUAAUAAUAUGUUGACGAGUUACAGUCAAUUUGAACAUAUUAUCAGGGUAAACUUACUUGGAACAUAUUGUGUUGCUCAAAAGGUGUCUGAGAUUCUUUUACAAAAUGAACCAAUGGACAAUGAUGGUGAGCGAGGUAUUAUCAUUACUGUAACAUCGAUUGUUGGCUUAGAUGGUAUGAUUGUAGGCUAUGGUACAUCAAAAGCUGCUAUUGCUGGGCUGACUUUACCUCUUGCAAGGGAAUUGGCUCCCUUUGGUAUCCGUGUCAUGUCUAUUGCUCCUGGACCUUUUGAUACACCCAUGGUAUCACAUAUUCCUGUUGACACCAAUAAACUUAUAUUCCCUAAACGUGUAGGAAGACCAAGCGAAUUUGCAGAAUUGGUACUGGACGUGAUCAAAAAGCCUAUGCUUAACGGUUCUGUCAUCCGAUUGGAUGGUGGCCUGAGAGCAUCCAAUUUCACAUGA